UCUUUCUUAGUAAAAGUGAUCAGCUAACAACCAAACAUGAAUUACGAGUAACAACAAACUGGUUGGUUUGAAACUUUAAACUCAAUACACAAAAAAAGAAACACACACUAAAAUUAUAUCCCAGUAAUUAUAACAACAGCAAUUAUCUAAAUUUAGAUAAAUAUGGGUUCCUCUUUUUUUUUUUCUUAAACAAAAUUUGGGUUAAAUCUGGCAAAGUUCGUGGGAUUGAGGGCACGGUCGUUGUUGAGGCAAGGUGGCAUUGGCUGGGGCGUAGACGACCACCACAGCUAACGAAACGACAGCCGCUGGAGGCCCUGGCAACAAAGGCUGUUCUCGUUUUCUGACAUGGCGGUAGUCUCCAUUACUUGGGUCUCAGCUUUUAGAAUCGGACUAUCCCUCCUUGUCUUGGCCGCCAUUGUCACCGCCCUCGUUUCCCUUCCCAUCGAAAAGAUGUUGAAGGGUUUUUUGUCCUGGUUAAAGGAGGAUCUUGGGCUAUGGGGUCCUCUUGUGCUGGCCUGUGCAUACAUUCCUCUCACAAUUCUUGCUGUUCCUGCUUCAGUUCUUACCCUUGGGGGAGGUUUUCUGUUUGGGCUGCCUGUGGGAUUUAUUGCUGAUUCAAUUGGUGCUACAAUAGGGGCUACAGUUGCUUUCUUUCUUGGAAGAACAAUCGGAAGAUCAUAUGUCAUCUCCAAGCUAAGGAAAUACCCAAAUUUCCAGGCUGUUUCCAUUGCAAUUGAGAGAUCUGGUUUUAAGAUAGUUUUGCUGCUUCGGCUUGUUCCUUUAUUGCCAUUCAACAUGUUGAAUUACCUCCUUUCUGUGACUCCUGUUGGUCUGGGGGAGUAUGUGUUGGCAUCUUGGUUAGGGAUGAUGCCUUCCACGUUUGGACUGGUAUAUAUUGGAACAACUCUAAAGGACCUUUCUGAUGUCACACAUGGAUGGAAUGAGGUUUCCACAGUUCAUUGGGUUUUUAUGGCACUCGGUUUUGCUGUAUCUGUGAUUAUGAUCGUUUACAUUACUAAAGUUGCCAAGGCUUCUUUGGACAAAACACUGGCUGAGAAUGCUAAGAUGGAGAGGAUCUUCGGCCCAGCAAUGCUCCCUAUCGUGGCAGAUUCUUCCUUGGAUAUUCAGAAGCCUCUCAUAAUUAGGGUAGACUCGUCGAGGGAGGAAAAUGAGAGACAGAUUCCUGUUUGAUGUAUAUUCUUUUCUCACUCUCUUUUACUUCAUCAGUCAAAAAAUUUUUUUUAAAGGCCUAUCUACCUGACCCUGUGCAGCAUGAAAGUAGUGAAAAACUAACAAGCAGAAAUUAGGGCAGUAGAGUAUGGACUAUGGACUAUGUAUGUGGCUGUGUGUAAGGCGUCAACCAACCAUUGCCCUCCGCAUCAUAUAAAGAACAGCUGAG